CGGAAAGCAUUUUGGGGGUUUGCUUGAAGUUUGAGAACACGUUGCGUUGUUCCUACGCUCCGUGUUAUGCCAUUUAGGUUCUCCGCUCUCUUAUACUAUUUUCACUAGCCAAGAAACAGGAAUAAAUAGGAGGGCGAAAGAGAAGGAAGCACAAUAUGCAGUUGCAGGGGAUUGGGAAGGCAAUUGUAAUAGCGAUAGCGAUAGCGAUAUUGGGAGUAGGGAGCAUGAGGGCAACGGCCAUGGGGACUUUGGGCGGCAAGCAUGCUGUACAAGGCUCUGAGAACAGCUUGGAGAUAGAGGAGCUUGGACGCUUUGCCAUUCAACACCAUAAUAUCCAACGGAAGGAGAAUGAGAAAGAGCUUCUGUCAUUUAGUCGAGUGGUGAAGGUAGAUCAGCAAGUGGUAGCGGGGACCGUGUACCAUCUCACACUCGAGGCCAAAGAGGAUGGAGAUUCUGCUCCCAAACUGUAUGAGGCCAAGGUUUGGGUAAAGCCAUGGGAAAAUUUCAAGGAGUUGCAGGAUUUCAAGCCUUCUUCUUCCUCCCCAUCAAUCACCACUGCUGACCUCGGCGUCAAGCAUGAGGGGUUGGGUUCAGGGUGGCGUGAGGUUCCAGUACAUGACCCUGUCGUUAAAGAAGCAGCUGAACAUGCUGUGAGCAAUAUUCAGCAGAGGUCUAAUUCCUUGGCAGCUUAUAUGCUGCAGGAGAUUCUUUUGGCAAAGGCUGAGGUAAUUGAUGGUUUUGCUAAGUUUGACCUACUUUUGAAAACUAAAAGGGGAGUUAAAGAGGAGCAACACAAGGUGGAGAUGCAUCGCAAUCUUGAGGGUGAUUGGAUGUUGAAAUCACAUUCCACUGAUUUGGGGCAUUGAUUAUUUAAAUCCUCUUUCAGCGGGUGGCUCUCUAUUACUGUAGAUGAAGCACUGUAUGCAUGCAAUAGACAUGAUAUUCAAGUGGAUGUUUUCUGUUAAUGGCCAGUGUAGAUGCUCGCAAUAAUAUUUGUUAGCGAAGAUUCGACAUCUUAUCACUGGCUGCUAAAUAAUGUGACCUUAGAUCUCUUCCCCUUAUCUGGAUGUUUUUUUUUUGAUUUUGAACUACUUUUGCUGUUACAUUCAUGAAAAUAAUUAAUAACAGUCUUGACAAUA